AUGUCGUCGAAUAAACAUUCCAAUGGUCAUAGUCCAUUUCCUCAAAAGUUGAAGAACUUCUUUCGAAUAAACAGUUCAACAAAUCAUAGCGAGAAGAGUGAUCCGUCAAUAAAAUCGGAAAGCAAAUCGUCGUUUCGGCAAUCCAAAUUCUUUCCUGGUGGAGGACGAAAUCGAUCGACGACGGUAGCAAGUGAAGGCAAUACAUUAGAUGAUGGCAUCAGUCCAACCGCACAUGCGAAUCCAUACUUUGCACAUCAAGGCCCUCCUGCACUUCGACAUCACGAUGACGGGUCCAUACCACCAAGUCCUCCCGAUACCCCAAGCUUCAAAGUCGAUACGGUCCCAGGUGUGAAUGAUCAAGCUACAGCUGCCGGCAAGGAAGAAUUGGCACGAAAACUGAGAAGAGUUGCGAGCGCGCCAAAUGCACAAGGUCUGUUUUCAAAUAAAGGUGGUGCCGAUCGACCAGCUACGGCCGAGCUUGGGAAGGAACCUUUAGUGCACAAUGCCAGCACUACAAUGCUGAGCAUGAUUGACGGCCAUAAUGGAAAUGAUGCUAUUGGCAUGGCUGCAGAAGACGACUUAGCACCUUUACAACCCCCGAACCUACGAAAUAAUCCCGCGUUCAGGAGAACAUAUAGCUCAAAUUCAAUCAAAGUACGCAAUGUUGAGGUUGGGCCGUCGAGUUUUGACAAGAUUAAGUUGAUUGGAAAGGGAGAUGUUGGAAAGGUGUACUUGGUGAGAGAGAAGAAGAGCAGUAGGCUUUAUGCGAUGAAAGUGUUGAGCAAACAAGAGAUGAUUAAGCGGAAUAAGAUCAAGAGAGCUUUGGCAGAGCAGGAAAUCUUGGCUACGAGCAAUCACCCAUUUAUCGUCACCUUAUACCACUCCUUUCAAUCCGAGGAUCAUCUAUAUCUAUGCAUGGAAUAUUGCAGUGGUGGGGAAUUCUUUAGAGCUCUACAGACGCGACCGGGCAAAUGCAUACCGGAAGAUGAUGCUAGAUUUUAUGCCGCAGAGGUCACUGCUGCAUUGGAGUAUCUACAUUUGAUGGGUUUCAUUUACCGAGAUUUAAAACCUGAAAAUAUUUUGCUCCAUCAGUCUGGUCAUAUAAUGUUGUCGGACUUUGAUCUUUCGAAACAAUCCGCCCCUGGCGGAAAGCCAACGAUGAUCCUUGGCCGAAACGGCACCAACGUCAACUCACUACCAACGAUCGAUACGAAGUCAUGUAUAGCAGAUUUCCGAACAAACUCAUUCGUUGGGACCGAGGAGUACAUUGCGCCGGAAGUGAUUAAGGGAUGUGGACAUACAAGUGCAGUUGAUUGGUGGACGUUAGGAAUUUUAAUUUAUGAGAUGUUGUUUGGCACAACGCCUUUCAAAGGAAAGAAUCGAAAUGCUACGUUCGCAAAUAUUUUGAGAGAUGAUGUUCCUUUCCCGGAACAUUCUGGGUCUCCCCAAGUUUCAAACCUAUGCAAAUCGGUAAUCCGAAAACUCCUCAUCAAGGACGAAAAUAGACGAUUGGGGGCUCGAGCUGGAGCUUCUGACGUCAAAACUCAUCCCUUCUUCCGUACAACCCAAUGGGCACUCAUCAGGCAUAUGAAGCCUCCGAUGAUUCCCCAUCAAGGUCGCGGUAUUGAUACGGUCAAUUUCAGAAAUGUUAAAGAGAGUGAGAGUGUUGAUAUUAGUGGAGCAAGGGCUUUGGGGUCGUCUAAAGGAACACCACUUGAUUCAGGUUUGACAACACCAGGUGCUACCGAACUCGAAGUCGAUCCGUUUGAAGAAUUCAACAGCGUCACCUUGCACCACGAUGGGGACGAUCAUCAUCAACAUGAGGAUCUCAAUAACGGAAGAUAUGACGGUAGGUGA